GAGCCCACCUACACCCAAAAACUACGAAAUUGCUCUCCAAAUUGUAGAAAAUAUCUGCGUUCGUGCGCGGGUCCUUGUUCUGCGAUUCCCUGACAAAGAUGGCCCCAUGAAUCUUUAACCAGAUAGACAAGGUGGUGUCUCUCUCAUUAUGUAAGGUUCCUAUAGAAAUUGUCGAUUUUUCCAGUGUUAGUGUGUAGGGAGAGUGAAAAGAAAUUGGGUUCUUGUACAAGGAAAGAUGAUGGAAAUGAAAGAGAAGAAGUUCCUUACAGUGGCACCCUUUGAGUGUACUUGGCGAAAGGAUUUGAAAUUUCGGGAAGCCGGGAGGGGUUGUGUAGCUUUUGAGGCUUUUGCUCACAACGAUGUCACCCUGGUUUUCCGGGAGAAUGUCGGAAGCCAACACUACCAUUACAAAAGGGAUAAUAGUCCUCACUAUACAAUUAUAUUGGGUAGUCAUAGGAAUAAGAGGUUGAAAAUUGAGGUAGAUGGGAAACCUGUGGUUGAUGUGGCGGGUGUUGGGCUUUGUUCUUCCUCGGCGUUUCAAAGCUAUUGGAUCAGUAUCUACGACGGGUUGAUAAGUAUUGGUAAGGGAAGAUACCCUUUUCAGAAUCUGGUCUUUCAGUGGCUAGAUUCGAAUCCGAAUUGUAGCGUUCAGUAUGUUGGGCUUAGUAGCUGGGAUAAACAUGUAGGCUAUAGAAAUGUGAAUGUGUUGCCUUUAAGGCAUAAUCAUAUAUCUUUGCGGCAGCAUGUGGAUUGUGGUGAAUUAGAAGUUGAGGAGGAUGCGGAAGAAGAUUUGAAAAAUGAGUUCACAGAUUAUGAGAAAUGGGGUCUUGCAAAUUUUCUUGAGAGUUGGGAAUUAUCUGACAUGGUUUUCAUUGUUGACACCGAGGAAAGACCGGUACCUGCUCACAAGGCUAUCUUGGAAGCAUCAGGUAAUUUUCCUUUGAGUUCGUCCGAAGAUGUUGUCCACCUUAAGGAUGUAAAUUAUCCAGUUCUCCAUGCGCUUCUUCAAUAUAUCUACACAGGCCGCACCCAGAUUCCAGAGUCACAACUUGGUUUCUUGAGGGCUCUGGGCUUACAUUUUGAAGUGGUGUCAUUGGUUAAGCAGUGUGAAGAAACCAUGGAACGGCUUAAAGUAAAUAAAAGGUUGUUUGACUCGGGUAAGAAUGUGGAAUUAUCAUAUCCGAGCACUAGGCCCCAUUGUUGUGCAACCUUCCCUUCUGGACUUCCUGUCAAUCUCCAAAAGCUCAAACAAUUGCACUUAACUGGCAAAUUCAGUGACACGAGCCUCUAUAUUGAGGGCCAAGGUCUUGUUGCCCAGCCUCAUAAAAUUAUUCUCAGUUUGUGGAGUGUCCCAUUUGCAAAGAUGUUCACAAAUGGAAUGAGUGAAACCAUGUCGUCAGAGGUUUCUUUGAGGGAUGUGUCACCAGAAGCAUUCAAGGCUAUGCUUGAGUUCAUGUAUAGCGGUGAACUUGAUAUGGAAGUCAUUAUGGAUUCCAGUGCCUUGUUGCUCCAACUUUUGUUUUUGGCUGAUCAAUUUGGAGUUACUCUCCUUCUUCAGGAAUGCUGCAAAACACUUUUAGAAUGCCUCUCGGAGGACUCAGUAGGUCCAAUCCUCCAAGUGGUCUCAUCAAUCCCAUCAUGUAAACAUAUCGAAGAAACAUGUGAGAGGAAAUUUGCAAUGCACUUUGAUUAUUGUACAACUGCAAGCCUCGCCUUCAUCUUGCUAGAUGAGACAACUUUUAGCAAUAUAAUUCAGCAUCCAGAUUUGACAGUAACAUCUGAAGAAAAAGUUCUCAAUGCAAUUUUAAUGUGGGGCCUGGGAGCAAAGGAAUUGUAUGGGUGGGAGGUGGUGGAUGAGCUAAUAAUAAAUUUGGCCCCUGAACACCUUUUUGGGGAAAGGCUUCUGUCAGUUCAUGACUUGUUACGUUUCGUGCGAUUUCCGUUACUUCCGCAUGCUUUACUUAAGAAGUUGGAGAAGAGCCGCAUUAGUAGGCAUAUUCAUAAUUUUGAUAAUCUUGUGGAGGAGGCCAUCAAUUAUGUAGAGUUUGGAUUGGCAAGGCUAGAAAAUCAGAAUGCAAGAUUUCAACAUAGGCGAUCUAGUUAUAAGGAGCUCCAGUACAUCUGUGAUGGGGACAGCAAUGGAGUUCUGUACUUUGCAGGCACAUCAUAUGGGAAACAUCAAUGGGUAAAUCCCGUUCUGUCUAAGAGAAUUAUUAUUACAGCCAGCAGUCCCCCUUCACGAUACACUGAUCCCAAGGUUUUGGCCUCCAGAACUUAUCAGGGAACAUCAUUUGCUGGGCCUCGGAUGCAAGAUGGACAUAGGUGUGCAUGGUGGGCAGUUGACACAGGCCAAGACCAUCAGCUUAUGUGCAGCUACUACACCUUGAGACAGGACGGUUCAAGGGCUUACAUGAGAUCUUGGAAUCUUCAGGGCUCUUUGGAUGGGAAGACUUGGACAAACUUGAGAAUACAUGAGAAUGACCAAACAGUGUGUAAACCUGGUCAGUUUGCAUCGUGGCCUAUAGUUGGACCUAACGCUCUCCUGCCUUUCAGAUUCUUCAGGGUUAUUCUGACCAGCCCGACCACUGAUGCUUCUAACCCCUGGAACUUCAGCAUUUGCUUCUUAGAACUUUAUGGUUACUUCCAUUAGCUUGACUGCAAGUACUUCCCUCUCUGGCUUGUAUCUUAAUCGUCUGUGGCUUUCUUUCCUUAUUUGUAUUGCCCCCAUCAUGUACAUUUGCUUGGUUAUGUGAACAUAGCAAGAAUAAACUCGAGCCUUUCUUUUUA